AUGCCCUCCGAGUACAAGAAAAAGUCCAAACAGUCCCCAAAACAGAUAGAAAUCACAAACCGAGCACGGCAGAAAGCCCCUGACAUUCGACACGACCCACUCGGUGACACCACAAAUGUGGUGCUGGAACCUUUGACAGAGAGAAUAAUAGAAGAUCUCAAGGCCGAGGUCGCGUUCUACAAGGCAAAGGCAAAGGAGGAAAGCCAUAAGAGAUGGAAUGAGAGAUGUUGGUAUCUCAAGCUGCAAAAAACCAGUGAAGCCUGCAAAACCAGUCUCAAGCAAGCAAAAGCUGAUGCUUACCGGAUGAGAGGUGUUCUUGGGAUGCUGGGGAGGAAGCUGGAGGAUGUGAAGGAGUCUGCGGACAACUCUCUUUGUGUAUUGCAGGCCCAGCGGUGCAAGCACCUCACCUCUGCCAAAACUGCUCUCAAGAAGAAGAUUAGAGCCAAAUUAAAGCUCAAGCCAUCAACAUUCCACAUGACUGAGAAGGGAAGAUACACUGCUCGAGCUCGUUCACUCGCUCGCCUUCUGAUAUGGUCAGGAACUGCUGAGGCAAAAGUUGGGGCAGCACUUCAGGAAAUAGGACAGGUGCUUGGGGUGAAGAUUGACAAGAAGAUGAGCCAGUGGACUGCUCACUGCACGGUUCUGGAACUUGGCGUAGCAGCAGAUAUUCAGCUCGUCUACGAAAUCCUUCAAUCACAAAAGAUAACUUACAGCUCUGACUCCACAUCACACAAGCACAUAGAGUAUGAGUGCUGGACAAUCACAGUACAGGUUGUUAAUUACAACAAACCAAACGCACCACCCCAAUGGAAACUACGCUCCUUGUGUGUUGGCACCUCCGUGAACCACUCAAGCAAGGUCCAAGUGGAAGGACUCAAGGCGCAUCUCACUGAGCUCGCAGAAGUUUUCAAUAACAGCCCACUUGCACAAGAAGAGGGCUUACGUUUCGUUCCUGAUGACUUCGUGUAUCGCCUGUUGGGGACGAGUGGUGACCACGCAAACGAUCAAAAGAAGAGCCAUGAAAUCUUAUGGAUAUGGAGACUCAAAGUCAUUCUCCAAUGCCUUGGGGAGGAAGCACUAUAUCAAAUGGAUGUUGGUCGUGUUCUCACCAUCCUGAUAUCCCUGAAAGCCAAACAAAUUGAUCAGUAUGGUGGCCAGGCGGCCUGGGAUGCACUCUCAGAGGACGAGAAGGCCAAAGCCGACAUUGAGAUUGUUCGUGAGGUUGGCAAGCAGGUCUUCGAUGCUCUACCCACAGAAGAACAAGAAGUACUCACCCAUUUUAUCCGAACUGGGUGCUGCAUGCACAAGGAUCUCAACUGUGUCAAGGCCAGCGUGAAAUCAAUGGAUGAAAUGACAACGCAGCAGUCCUGGCCUGCAGGGAUGAUCUGUCGGAACAAGGACAAGAAGAAAGGCCGACAGGACACAUACAACUUUUACAUGGAGGUCCACGUUGGUUAUCAGGUACCCUACCCCGAUGUCAGCAAUACUCGAUACGGAUCGCAUGGAGAGGCAGCCGCAACUAUAGUGGUCUACCAAGAUCACUUCAUCAACUUCAUGGACUUUGUCCAUGAUGUGAAGGACAAAGCUGGGGAAACAAACAUUGAGAAGAACUUUGCAGAUGCACUCAAGGACAUACCAACACUCACCGAGCUCUGUGUCCUUGCUUUAUACAACAUAUGUGUCUCCCAGCCCUUCAUGAGACACGUACGCAAGCACGAUAACAUCCUGCAGCUUGAGUCCUUCUUUCAGAAGAAAGAGACGUUUUUGGCAUCGAUGGUGGCAAAUCCAGAACAGUGGACAAAUGGCAACAUCUCCCACAAAGAGGGCUGUCUUGAUGGGAAGGAGUGGGACGAGUGGGUGCUUGUGGUUAUUGCUGCCAUCGGGCACUUCUCACCACAGCUCCUGGAUCUCAAUGACACUCUCGUGGUGUUUGCAACAGGUGCACAAGAGGCCUUCAUUGAGCGCUUUUCCGAUGAGUUCAAAUCUGGGAGCGGUAUUGACACACUCACCAAGGAAGAAUGCAAAAUGCUCUAUUUCUCGUCCAUGAACGAUGUCAACUCCGGUGGUCUUGGGUCAUGGCAAUUUCUGGAAGACAAGAAAGGCAAAAGGAAACAAAUUUGGGAAGCCUCUGAUGAAGAAGACAACUCUAAACCCCCACGACCACCAAGACCACCAAAACCACCUUCAGGUUCGCCUCCACCACCACCUCCAGGAUCAUUAGUCAUUUCAGGAAUGGCAUCGAACCCAUCCGAGUUAAAAGUCAACAAACCCUUUGACUUUGAUGGAAAUCCUAAGCAGUAUCGACCAUGGCUUAGGAGUGUUCUCCUUUAUUUGUCUGCGAACAGCGGAAAAUACGAUGAUGACAAGAAGAAGAUUUUCUUCACACUCACCUUUAAGACCAAGGGUGCAGCUGAAGCAUGGGCACAAGCUUAUGUUGAUGAACAAGUCACUUCUGCCGCAACUGUUCCAUCAACUUCUACUUCUACCGCUGUGGCAAAAAAGAAGGUCACUACCGAUUUUUCAACCAGAACCUGGACAAGUUUUCUUGAAAAACUUGAAGAAUCAUUUGCCCCUGAUGAUGAACCAGGAGAUGCCUGUCAUAAACUCAAGGGACUCAGACAAGGAAACCGAACAGUUUCCGAGUACGUCACCGAAUUCGAAAUGACUUGGACCAAAGCUGGAAUGGAUGGAGCUGAAGCCAAAAUAGAAGCUUUCAAAGAAGUUCUUAAUUGCAAAUUAUUCAAAUGCAUCCUUAGUGGAGAAACUGUACCCGAUACGUACACAGAUUGGAAGAGGAAAGCCCAACAUUUCAACCAUGCUGAACAUCGAAAGAACCAGGCUUUAGGACACUACACAGGAAACCGAACCCAAUCGAAACCUACCUACCGUGGAUAUAAUGGAGGAGGAAGUUAUCAACAGCAGUACCAAAGACCCGCACCACCACCAGGUGCUGGCGCUUCCAAAGACCCAUGGGCUAUAGACGUUGAUGCUUUAAGCACCCUCCCAUUUGAACAAGCAAUAAAGGUCGCUAUCAAUGCCAUGACUCCCAAGGAAUAUGCCAAAUGCAAGCGCAAAGGGUUAUGUUUCUUUUGUAGGCACUCAGGACAUACUUCCCAAGAAUGUCCUCUUCGAAAGCAACAGCAGUCCUCUAGACCGCAACAACAAUCUUCUUCCAAACAGAAUCCGAACCAGCAACAAUCUUGA